CGUCAAAAUCACAACUGAUGCUCAUACGCCACAAUCUGUUUUCUUACAACGUCACGAUCUCAUCGGCGUCAUAUCGCAAUGGCACAGAUCAAUCUCGACUCCACCGCUCUCGAUGAAUUGAAUAGCGCUGAGACAAGGACGAUUUUUGAUACCGCUGACAGAUUAUCGUCUCUGGGCGUUGGCAGAAUUGUCAACCUACCCCAGAUUAUUGUCGUCGGAGACCAGUCAUCCGGGAAGUCGUCUGUACUGGAGGCCAUCUCACAUGUCCAUUUCCCCGUCCACGGGGGAGUCUGCACUCGGUUCGCCACUGAGCUGGUUCUCCGCCCCGGAAAUCCUCGGUCUGUGACUGCAAGUGUUCAGUUUGCCGACGCCACCAGGCCGACCCAUUCGUUGCAGGUGACGGAUUUUAACCAAGAGGACAUUGCGAACAUUAUCGCUACAGCAAAAGAUGAAAUGGGACUCUCCGAUACCGGCCGCGGCUUCUCUAAAGAUGUCCUGCGCUUAGAGAUCCAAGGUCCUGACAUGUACCCCCUGACGCUGGUUGAUCUUCCAGGGAUUUUCCAUACCGCAACAGCGAAACAGUCACCUGAAGGGAUGGCAACCGUCAUGGAGCUGGUAGAAAGUUACAUGAGGAGGCCAAACAGCAUCAUUCUUGGUAUCAUAGCCGCCAACAACCAGCUGGCUAACCAGGUGGUCAUGCAAGAGGCCGCAAAACACGACCCCUCGAAGACGCGGACCCUCGGCGUCAUAACUAAGCCAGAUCUCCUCCAUCCAGGGUCUUCCAGUGAGCAGGACUACCUGCAGAUCGUCCGAGGUCGCGACGCUGUCCACAACCUGGCGCUAGGUUGGCAUGUAUUGCGCAAUUUAGCAGACUACGAAACCGAUCGUGGUCCCCGCGAUACAGUCGAAGAGCAAUUCUUCAGCUCGCAGGCUUGGGGCUCGAUCCCAGGCGCUAAUCGUGGAGUUGGGGCUCUGCGAGCGAAGUUGAGCCGUAUUCUUCAUGACCAUAUUCGAAAAAGCCUGCCGGCUGUUCUUCAGGAUAUCCAGGAUAAGCUAUCGCAUACGGAGCUUGAGCUUGACCGACUGGGGCAGCCUAGAAAUACGCCCGAGGCAAAGAGAGCAUACUUGAUCGAUAUUGCCAGUCACUUCCAGCGAUUGGUCCAGGACGGCAUCCGGGGUCAUUACACUGAUCCAUUCUUUGGCGGUUUCAAUGGGUCCCAUCGCAAGUUGAGGUCUAAUCUUCGGAACUUCAAUCGAGCCAUCCGGCACAUCUUGAUCACCUUCGGGUCCACUCAGAAGGUGACUGGAGGUCCUUACGAUGUAUCACUACAGCCUUCGCCACCUGGAUACCUUGGAGAGUUUCUAGAGGUGUACACCGACAACCCGUCCCUGCAUGAGCCCGAAACCAUCACAUGGAGAAAACUGUCGUCUAAGUUAGAGCGUCGGGCGGCGUCACAUCAGGGAACAGAGCUCCCAGGAGAGGUCAACAAGGAAAUCGUGAUCCAGCUCUUCCAAAAACAGGCAAGACCGUGGAAGAACAUCGCUGCGCUUCAUAACGAAGAGAUCUUAAAACUGGCUAGGAUGUUCGUCAACGAAGCAUUUGAGCACAUCGUCGGAUCUUCCAAUCCAAAUAGCACGAUAGACGCGAUUUUGGACAGUAUCGUGCUGAACUUCUUCGUUGAAAAAGAACAACAGCUUUCUACAAAGCUGGAGGAGAUCUUCCGGCCCUACUAUGAGGGGUACGCGCGACCUCUUGAUACUGAUUUCCAGGAGGCUCUGGCAACAAGAGCAACUGAGCGUGCCGCGGACUCAUCUGAAUCAGCGAAUGCCGUCUCCGAAGCCUUAGUGGGAGCCGCAAUAUUGUCCCGGUCUCACAAUGAGUUCGGAACCGAUCGUAUGAUUCAUUCGAUGCAAACAUUCUACGAUAUGUCUCUGCGAACGUUCACGGAUAACUUGAUCAAUUUGGGCAUCGAGAGCUGUCUGAUCCAGGAUCUUCCCAACAUUUUCACCCCGAGGCUUGUCAAUGAUAUGGAUGAUGAACAGCUGGAAAGGCUCGCUGGCGAGUCGGAAGACGUUCGCAGCUACAGAUCUCAGCUCCGUGACAAUCUCGAUCUUCUAAAGCAAGGACUUGAACAAUGCCGCCGUUACAGGCCGAGAGAAACUAGCAGAGUUCCGUCUUCCACACAACCAGGACGACCGGCACUGCGGCAAAACAUUCCUGCAAGUCGAGGUUCAAGGCCUACUAGUGCAUCAAACAACUCGGGCCAGCCUAGGAUUGAUGGUGCCGUAUCAGCUGCCACCCAGUCACCAAGCCGUGGAGGCCAAGAGAGGCCGCCGGCUGCCUCAAAACCCGUGGCGGGCUCCGGGUCGCCUGGAAACUCGACAUUUGUGAACAGUUUUUCGAAUCUAGCGAUUGGUUCAAACUCUCAACCCGCCUCUGGAGCCAAUUCGUCCUUGUUCUCCAGUAUCUUCUCCAAUAAUACCAGCGCUGCUACUCCAUCAACUACCCCAGGGAACAUGUUUUCCCACCUCGCCACAUCAUCUCCCGCUUUUGGAAGUACGCCAAAUAAAUCGCAGAGCUUGUUUUCUGGAUUUGGAGCAGCAUCCCCUCGGUCAAGCAGUACCAAUAUGCCUGUUUUUGGAGACGCCUCCGGAGCUCAAACUAAUGCUACCUCGUCGGCACGACAGGCGAAUGUGCCUGCAACAAACCCUUUUGGUCUCCCGAUACCACCUUCAUUGGGUACAUCAGGAUCCCCUAAUAAAGGGACUCGUUUUGGAGGUGAAUAGCGCGCCGUCCUUUAGUUCCCGGGGUCUCGUUGGAUUAUCAACUCUUGCCUAGAUAUUGAAAUACACUUUUCUUUCCGGGACGAGUCAGGGGCUAAUUUUGGCGACAGAUGGAAGUGUCAUUUUGAACCAGCCUUCAAUUGGGAAGGUGCCGCAGCUCGCGUCAUGGGGUACGACGUGGCGAGAGUUUUGUGAUCAGGAACCAAGAACAAAUUAUGUCAGCAAAUUUGAGCACAUCUGUUUUACGGAAAGGUUCCGAGGACUGUCACAGGAGGAGAUCAGAUUGGCGGACUACUCUGUUGUGCCAUGGUUAAAAAGCUGAAUUUCUGACUAUAAUUCACGGUAUCAAC